CUACACACGCAAGCUUCUUUUUUCAAAUGUAUCUCUCACGUACGUUUCCACAAGAAUCAUGUUCAAUCCUUCUAUUCCUCAAGAAGCACGCGACUUUGUGGAUUUCGUCAACAAGUCGCCAUCGCCCUUCCACUGCACUCAUGGAGCUGCUGAGCUGCUGAAACAGGCAGGUUUCACAGAGAUCAAGGAACGUGACAACUGGAAUGGUGCUAUUGAACGCAAUGGCAAAUACUAUUUUACUCGAAACGGCUCGUCGAUCGUUGCUUUUGUUGUCGGUGGCAAAUACGUUCCUGGUAACGGGUUUUCUAUUGUGGGCGCGCAUACUGAUUCUCCUUGCUUAAAGGUCAAACCUAUCUCUAAAAAGGAAAAGAGUGGUUAUCUGGAAGUCGGUGUCCAGCUUUACGGUGGUGGUAUCAGCAUUGCGACUCGGAUACCUAACAAGUAUGGGUUUAUCGAUCAGGCACGCAUGGAUCGUGAUUUGGGCGUUGCUGGAUGCGUCAUGGUCGAAGACAACAAUGGCAAAUACCGUCUAACAGUGGUUAAAGUGGACAGACCUCUUUUGCGUAUUCCCACACUUGCAAUCCACUUGGAUCGUAAUGCCAACGACAGUUUCACGUUCAACAAGGAAAUCCAGCUUGCACCAAUUCUUGCUACUGCCACCAAAGCAGAGUUGAACAAGACUGAAAGUGACGAACAUAUUGAAGCAGAAGAAGGCCACCACCCCUUGUUGAUUCGUGUACUUGCCGACGAAAUGGGCGCCAAACCAAGCCAAAUUCGCGAUUUCGAAUUGGUUCUGUAUGAUACUCAGGGCUCAACAAUUGGUGGCGUAUGCAACGAGUUCAUUUUCUCACCUCGUCUUGACAACCAAGAAAUGAGCUACUGCGCUAUCCGAGCAUUGCUGCAAUCCAAGAACAUUGAGAACGAUACCAACGUCCGUGUGACCGUUUGCUUUGACAAUGAAGAAAUUGGCAGCACCACCGCCCACGGUGCUGACUCGAAUCUUUUGCCAACCACCUUGCAGCGCUUGGCCAACACUGAACUGUUAUCUGGCGAAAACGUAUCGCCCACUGCCUUUGAAGAGGCCAUGCACAAGAGUAUCCUCAUCAGUGCAGAUAUGGCACAUGCCAUUCAUCCCAACUACCCCGAAAAACACGAAGAAAACCACCGACCAAACAUGCACAAGGGUACUGUUAUUAAGAUCAACGCAAACCAGAGAUAUGCUACGACUGCAGUCACCAGUUUGGUUUCGAAAGAACUGGCAAAGAAGCAUGUGAUCCCAAUUCAGGAAUUUGUUGUUCGUAAUGAUAGCCCUUGUGGCUCGACAAUCGGCCCAAUGCUUAGUGCAAAACUUGGACUUCGCACAGUUGAUGUGGGUAACCCUCAACUCAGCAUGCAUUCGAUCCGUGAAGUCGGUGGUACCGACGAUGUCAAGCACGGAAUCGAUCUGUUGCAGGUAUUACCUUCUUUUUGUUUUGCUGGAUGUUAUCAAAUAGAUUUAAAGAUCUCGGAUUCAAGAGCUAAUUCGUCGAUAAUAUUCCAUCUAGGUCUUCUUUGAGGAAUUUGCUGAAUUGGAAGCUCGCAUUGUUGUGGAUUAAAGGUAGUAUUAUGAUAUGAAUAACCGGUUCGGUGGUAGUGGGUAAUAGAAAUAACAAUGUGAGUUUAAAUAAGG